AUGCAGGAAAUUGAAGCCAAAAAACAAUUGAAAGCAAGUGAAGGAGCCCACUUCUUUUACACUCUGAUCUUCCUAAGCGCUUCAGGCAUCAUAGAGACAUAGUUUAUUGAUCAGAAAUGCAAUUAGAAUUUAGCCUUGUUUACACAUUUGGUUUUCUAUGGAUUAAUUAUUUGGGGAACCUAUAUUCUGAUUACUUUAAUACCAAGGUACAAAAAUCCUGCAAUUAACUUGUUCUUCAAUUUCUUGGAUAUCUGUUUUGCAGUUUACAUAUCCUUUUUGCUAAUCUAUGGAUACAAACUAUAUUCAUCUUAAAAUGACUGUGCAGUUGAGGCUCCUGCGCUCUACUUCUUUUUGGAGGUGUUUAUGUUGGUUAAUGGGAUCAUUUUCAUCAUUUUGGGUCUUGCCUUUAUUUCAUACAUCCUGAAGAGAUUCUCAAAACAUCAAUAGUCGCAAGCUCAAGGGGAUGAGGAAUACUUGGAGGCAUGA